UACAAAUCAUUUCCUAUAAAUAACACACAAUUAAAACUUAUAAGAUCGAUAUACAUAUUAUCGAGAAAAAAAAAAGACUUGUCAAAAUGUAUGAAAGCAUGCAAUGGUGACUGCACUGCACAUGUAUUGUCCAAAAUAUGAUCAAUCAACUUGCAGCAUAUUAUUGAUAUUAUUUCUGAGAUAAAUACAAAAACUUGACAGAUAAUUCAUACAUGAAUCCAAGACACCAUUUAUCAUGAAAAUUAUUCUUUGACAUGUUUAUCAUGCCCAUAGGACACAAAUUCAAAUGUGUUAUCUGAUAUAAUAAUUGUUAGUAAAAAUCAGAGACUGUUUCAAGCACACCAUUUUCAUAGCUUCUUCGCUCAUCGACGAUGCAAACAUCCCAUGAAAUUACGGUUGUUGACGAUGAUGACAUUAAUGCUUCAGAGGUUGAUAACAGUGUGAAGGAAUCCACAAAUGAGGUUAAAAAUUCUGAAAAAAACACACGUCGUUCAGAUUUGUCGCUCAAAAUACCAACAAGACAUGCUCAAAUAGAUGCAUCUAAAGGCGGUACCUCAUCACGGGUUGUUAAAGGUGUAAGAUUUAAAGAGAAGACUCCUCGUGACGGUGAAAGAAGUCCUCUUCUGCAUCCUGAAAGCCCUAUUGUUACCAAGAUUAAGUCCAUAUUCCACGGGAAUCGAUCUUGGUCUCUUCCGGUCAAACAAGAGUCAAACAUGUCCCCUUCGAUCACUACACCUGUUUCAGCUAGGACAUAUAGUGAACAACAAAAAUCUCAGAUAAUGGCGGUGAAACCUCAUGUUUCAAGGUCUCUCUCUGUGCCCUUGCGGAACAUUGUCGUUGUAAGAUCAGUCUCAUUUGCAGCCCGAAAAGAUAAUGAUCAAAUUGAAAGUGCCGAUGAUGAAAUCAUCCCUGCUCAAGUGGAAACUGAGGAGGAGAUUGAUGAGGAAGAAGCGGUUUGCAGGAUAUGUAUGGAACCAUGUGCUGAAGGAAAUCAGCUUAAGAUGGAAUGCAGCUGCAAAGGUGCACUUAGGCUUGUGCAUGAAGAAUGUGCAGUUAAAUGGUUUAAUCUCAGAGGGGACAAAACCUGUGAAGUUUGUCGUAGAGAAGUCUCAAACUUACCUGUCACUUUGUUUCGUAUGCGUAGUUAUGCUCAAAGACAAAACAUAAACGCACGAAAUCAACAAGGUUUGAGUCCAGAAACCAUAAGCGCCUGGCAGGAUUUUGUGCGCCUGGUUUUGAUAAGUACACUUUGCUACUUCUUUGUCAUCGAGCAGCUUCUGAUCGAUGAGCUGAAAACUCAAGCUGUUGUGAUUGCAGCACCAUUCGCUUUUACAUUUGGUCUUUUAUCAUCUACUUUAGCGGUUAAGCUAGCAAUACCGGAGUAUAUUUGGAGAUAUGCUGUUCUUGAGUUUGCACUUGUUGCUAUGCUUCUGCACUUAUUCUAUUCUUGGCUUCAACUGAAGGCAAUCUAUGCGGUAAUGGUGUCUUCGGUCAUAGGUUUUGGAUUAGCUAUGACUCUCAAUGAGUUGUAUAUCCGUUAUACUUUUUGGCGACUUCAAAUUCCUCGAGAGGACAACAUUGUUAGUUGAUUCAUUCAGAGAAACAUUUCAGAUUUAUACCCGCGUAAACAUCAAUCGGGGAUGAGAUUAUUGAAUGGUUAAUGUGUUUGUACGUAGUGUUUCAGUUGCCUUGUAUUUCAUGAAAAGAUUGCUGCCAUGAUUGAAAUACAUGAUGAAUUGUGUUUUAAAAAAA